AAUUAAACUAUGUUUUUAUUAAUUAAGUAGUGCUGUAUUUAAUAAAUGUUUUAAGAAAAUUACAACUACAUUACACUAUAUUAAACUGUAAUUCAACAAUAACUGAGUUUAUGAAAAUAUGCCGUGAAAAUGUUAUGAUGGCUACGUUUGAAAAUAGACUCAGUCGAAGAAAAGGCAAACCUGGUGGUGAUUCAUUUAGGUUAGACACUAAAAAUAAAACACCUGAAGAAAAUAUUAUUGAUAUCAUUCAAGGUUUAUAUUUAAAAAAACACCAUGAACCUUCACCUACUACCAAGAAUGUUCCUACAGAAUUUAGGUCAGGUUUGCGGACUACACAAAAAUGUAGCUCUGAAAGUAUUCGAGUCUCAUAUCUCACUGCAUUGGUUCAUUUAUGCAAAGAACAUAGAAAUAAUUUAGGGUUUACAACUGAUGAGUUAAUGACAUGUAUUCGGGUCAGUUUAGUGGACGAGUCCAUGCUCAUGAGGGCAACAGCCUUAAGAGUCCUUAGAUACCUGAUUCAAAAUGACAGCGAUGUUGCAACAUUUAACUCUCUGAAACUGCCAUACCUCAUUAUAAGAUCUAUGGACCUAAUGCUUCGCAAUGAAGAGGAACGCGCUCAAGCACUGCGAGUGGUUCGAAGAGUUAUCGCAGUGGUUGGGGGAAUUGAUCAGUCGAUGAAGCGCUAUCGUGCGGCUCAUAUUGACGAAGGUCUACUUCGGUGUCUUGCUUCUGUUGCUCGCGCGGGCAGCGCGGGUGAUGGUUCCGGUGAUAGGUUGUCAAGACCCGCAAUUGCUACACUUGCGGAAAUAUGUGUAUUGAAUCCGGAUCUAUUUAUAUCCUGUGGUGGUGUGACGGCAGUAACAAGGCAUUUGGCCGAAUGUGCUACUCCACGAAUGGCUGAAGCGCUCUGUGGAGUAUUAUUACAUAUAAUAAAUGAUCCAAAUUCAAGAAAUAAUGCCAGAGUCGAUUUGACUUGCCUUAAUUCUCCAUACUGUGACUUCCAUUUUAGACCGGCUGGGAAUGAUACUAGCAGAGAUGAACGCGAAAUGCGUUUCACAUGCAGUCGGCUAGCGUUACUAUGCGUUUUGCGAAGUUGGCCGGGGCUCUUGCAUUUUUGUCAUCCGCAAGCAGCUGGAGGCUUGAAGGCAUUGGUCGCUGCUCUCUAUCUACCACGGUUAGAGGUCCGAAAAGCAAUCCUAGAUCUGCUGUAUGAGUUAGUGGGAUUGCGUCAGCCUGAGUGGACUGAUGAGAUUUCCGUUGCCUUGGAUGCUGUGGAUCCGUCAGAUUUUCAGGACUCGUGGCGUUUAAACGAAGACUUUGUAGCGGCCGAAGGGGUAUCAAUUCUCCCCCACUUGGGCGCCACUGGUGCCGAUAUUAUUGAAAUUCAUCUUGCCCUCUUGCUUCAGUGCUUUCUCGAGGCUGGUCUCUUGGACGGAUUAGCUGAAGUCAUCGUAACGAGUGACACAUUUAUCUCGGUCAGAGCGACUGUAUUAUUAGGUCAACUACUACACUUAGUCCACAUCUUGAUACCCCCUCAAAUAUGCAACAUAACACCUGCACUACCCUUAUUAGUAUCGCAGGCUUCAGCUGGAAAACCUCAAGGUUUAGCAGCGGUCGCAGCGUUGCAAAGACUGCAUUCUAUGCUGGAAGCUCGACCUGCCAGCAACAGUCUCUUCCUAGACCACAUCAUCAAGUACUGUAGUGGGGCAUAUAGACCAAAAACAGACGUCUCCAAGAGCAGAAAAGAGAAGGACAAUGCCAGUAUGAAGCCGAGAUAUGUCCAGAAAGAUAGUAUGGAAUUUCUAAACGACUCGGAUGAAGGCGAACCGAAGCGACAUAGUGUUGGAUCUAGACCGGACGUUGCGUCCAGAAAUGUUAGUGCGUUAGUGAAGAGUAAAAGUGUUAGUUCCCGGACUAGUGCCGCAGUGAGUAAAGUGACGAAAUCGGCUAAGUUCUUUAGCCUGUUUGAACGGGAUAGUGAUAAUUUGAUUAGGUCAUCGCUUGUUAUGCAGAAUAAGGAUGGGAAUACGUGGAAUUGGGAAGUUAUAAGGACGGUUUUGAAGGAAUCGGACACAAUAAUACUUAAUCUAAACGACAGUGGUCACAAGGCAUGGGCGUGUCGUAUCAUUAACUAUUUGAAGCCGUCGUCCAACAAAUACUCACAUACAGACCUGUCAACCAACUGUAACGGACAUUCAGCCACUCGAGCUGGUUGUCAAUUGAUAAGGCAUCUUUUAAGGCAUAAUGAUAUGGAUUCCCAAAAGUUCCUAGAAGAGUUAUUCAACGAUGUGAGUCAACAGAUAGAAGCUAUACAAACAGGGAAGAAGGCGCACGAGUGCCUCUUCAGUCCCCAACAUAUGUGUAACACUAUGUGCCAAAUGUACUUUCUGUUCAUCGGCCAGUUAUGUCAUUCCAAUACCGGUUUACGGGUGUUCAAGAUGUCCAAAUUGUAUGAGAAUCUCUUGGAUUUAGCGACGAAAACACACCACAGUUGUUACGUUAAACUCGUUAUAUCGAGUCUAGAUUAUACGCUAGAUGCGAGUCCGAGAGAUAUUCUGGCGAAAACAUUAACGUGCAAUAACCAAGCAUCGAGGUUGUACGCGACUCAAUUUUUAAACGUCCUCAUACGUGCCUCGAGAAAGUCCCGCGAUCUGAUACGGAAGAAGACGAAGUUGAAAAAGAAUUUGCUUCAAGAUAUGUAUUCGCGUGAUGAGGAGUUCGAAGGUGUCGAUAUGGAUACGUGGGUGCUUCAGAUGUUGGUUGGGCAGAUUAAGGACGAGUCGAAGGUCGUCGUUAAAAAUGCCCUCGCUAUAUUGGAGGAGGCCUAUACAGUUCCUAUUUAUCAAGAAAAAUUAAUGUCACUAAGAGACAAAUUGGGUGAAAAUUGUCAAUUGGAUCGAGAUGGGGAAGCCAGGUGCGCGGAAUCGGGUCCCGGCGGUGACCACGCCUACUUGCUCUGGCUGGGCGUGCACAUGGCCGCCGCGAGACACGCCCCUCACGAUCACGCCGUGGCGUUCAUACACAAACAUCUCAGUUAUUGGGAUAAGUCAUAUAAUUACAGGUAUGUACGCUUAGUGGAGGCUGAAGUCCACGAAGCGUUAACAUUAAGCGAAGGUAUACGCAGAUCGCGCGGGACUCGUCGUUCCGCUCGUCCGCCACCGCAUAUACUUGCCGCUCUCGCUAUGCUCGCAGCGCCCGCUUCUGCCUCCGCUUGUGUUGCAGCACCACCCUUCGCCCGGCCGUUGUUGGCUGCUGCAUUACCUUCGCAUUAUAAGACUUUACAGCGCAAGAGCUGCUCAAACGAGCAAGAAGUGAUGGAUUUGAAAGCGUCUUUAUGGGCAGUAGGCAACGCUGCUAUCACAUCCCACGGCCUACAAGUUCUAAUGGGCCUCACUAAUAACCUUCUAGAAGAUUCUGUGCCCGUACACGUGGUACAACUAGCGAAAUACUGCCCGGUCUAUUCUGUGCGUGCGACCGCCUUUUAUGUUUUGGGACUUAUUGGCAGUACAUAUGAUGGCGCAAACCUACUUUCGGAAUUAGGAUGGCUCUGCGUGCGUCAUACGCGUCACGACCAAUUCCCCGUAAUCGCAGACGAGAAUUACCUCCAGCGGAGUGAAAAAGGCUUCUUCGUGACGUCACCCCAACGAAACUUCGACAUCGACCUAAGCGAGCAUUCCGACCAAAGUACAGCAGAGAGUUAUUCUGAAACCAGACUGAAUCGGACAUUGGGCGCCUCCAUAGACGAACGUGAUGUGGUCGAUCACAAAAUGGGGUACGAAUCGGAUAAGAGGAAAUCUCAAACUCUUCCCACCCAGGGCUGUUCCCACGAGAGGUCCCUGACGGAGUCCCGUACGGUGGAUAUUUUGAGGGAUUGUUCAACGUACGAACGCAGUGGGAGGAUGCAUAUGGAGAAUAGACUGUUGGGGAGAAUGAACUCGCUGGAACAUGAAGGAAGAGUUCGGAAUACGAGCGAGAGCAGCACGAGCGGUGUCAGCAGUUGUGACUCGUUUUUGGGCAAAUAUGCUAUUCCGGACCGUGUGCUGACUCUAAGUCCGAUACCCAGUUCGUCGAGUCUGUACGGCAUGAAAGGCACCACGGCUACUCAUAGGCCGCGACUGCAAGAGACUCAACGACGGAUUUCUACCUCUAGUUUCACUGCCCCCGAUGUGGCCAGCUCUCCUCCGAGCCAGAAGGAUAUGAGUGGAUAUGCAACUAUUCAGUCAUUGAACAAACAUAGACGGCCUCACGUAUCCGAGGGUGCAGCAACAAGUUCCAGCGACAUUGAUGAACUGGUGUGGCUGUUACCUGACUUUAACAGACGUAAGCCGAAUAAGCCCUACUCCUCUGUCAGGGAACGGUCCAAGUCUUAUAGAGAGAAGAUGGCGAAGAUCAGUAUGGUAGAAGAAGACUGGCGGCCUUUGUGUCAAACGGAAGGAGAACGAGCGCGUGAUGGACGGAAUAGUUGCGGACAAGUUGUUUUGUCUGCACCUGACAUCCCACCACCACACUAUAUGGCCAUCUGUCUACCUAGAGAUCUUGCACAGUUGUUCCCAGUGGAGGAAACAAAAGAUGAAAAUGUUGAAAGUGAAAAGUCGCGUCCUCGACUACCCUCUUUUGCAGAAAACGUCGAAAAGCGAGUUACACCAGAUGUUAAUAAAGAUCCCACCGCCAUAGAUAAGAAAGCGAACGAAAACGAUUACGAUGAUAGUUACGUGAAGGACGUCAGUGCGAGUACGUUGGUAGCAUCGAGUGCACGUCCCGGGAAAUGGAAGCACGGGACAAGGGACUGCCUUGCCUGUGUCAGGACUCGGCCUCCAUCCUCUCAUGAGUUGAGAGAGGCAUUUUUUGCGGAGCUGGAAGGUGCUAGUGGAGAUGGUACUGACAGCCCUUCAUCCAUGGAAAACAUGCCUCAAGCGCAGCUCCUACACCACGUCAUGUAUAUGUCCAACCCCAUUCACCUAAGACAGUGCCGCUCCGCCCUACUAUCUCUAAAGCAACGUCACCCGGAGAUAUUCCGCAGUGCGUGCGUGUAUUCGGACGUAUGCGGCGCGCUUUCUCGCGACACAUACAUGCUGUGCGCCCGGCGUUUCUUGCAAGAAUUGUUCUUAGAUACGAGUUUCGAAUGCUUCAGUACGGAUUUGGCCACGAUAUUAGCGAGACAUACACCCACCAAAAUUGAUACAUAGUGAAGGUAGGAAGAUUAUUUUGUGGCCUACCUUCAUUUUUUAAAACGAACGUCAAAUGUUUUUCUUUGUGGUUCUAAAUGUAAUAAUUGCGCUAUUUUACAUGUCAAAUUUUGUAGUCAUUCUGAAGGCACAUAUUUCGGAAAGAAGUAUUUAAUCCAAUCUUGAGCAGUGUAAAGUUGCAGAGAAAAUGUAAUUGUGUUUGGAAAUUUUACAAAUAGUUCAGUUAUUCCAGUAAUAAUGAAUCAUGUUCCUGAGUUUUAGACUGAUUUUUCAUUUACGAAUGAACUUUAUGUUAAUUAUUGUCAUAACUUCUGAAUAUGUAACAAAAAUCUCGUUACUUUUAUAAAUAGUGUAAAAUUAUUACAACUAUUCUAAAUCUAUGUUUUAGUCUAAUCUGUGGGUAAGAUUCAGAAACGUGUCAUGCCUAUGGUUCCCGUAUGUCAAAGUCAAAUCCUUUUUUGACGUAUGGCCGUAAGAAUUAGCGCUAAAACUCGUUUUUGAAUAUCAUUAUAAAAAACUAUGUAAAUCUUUGAAUUGGCACAUAGGUUUAACUCUGUAUUUGUCAAUGAAUUUAUUCAAAUAUAAUGAAAACGUGAAAUUUGAGUAUGUUGGUGUCUAUGAAGAAUCAAGUUCAACGUAAAUAUUGUAUUUUAUCCCCUAUAUUUUAAUAAAUAAGUAACACCUAGGAUCUUGGGGUAUUAAACUCGAGUUAGACUCCCAUGUUAUGUCAUAAAUAAUAUAUCUUUGACAUACAAGUCAAUAUCAAAGUCAAGUCAAGUUUAUGUCAAAACAUAUUGCAUUGAGUCACACUUGGCCCUAAGUCUCGUUUCUGAAUCUUAAGGUUACACGUUGAAAAUAUGACUAAAUCAUUAACAAUUAAGAGAGAACACACAAAAAAUAGAUUAAAAUUACAUUUUUUAUUAUAUUAAAGAUAACGAGAUUUUUGUUACAUACACAAACUUAUUCAUAAAGAAACUAAAAGCCUCAAAUAGGUGUUAUUUGUCCUUAUUAGUAUCAUAUGUGGAUGUGACAAAACAUUCUUUAACUAAUUGAGGUUUAUAGUGUAUUUAUGACAAACAAUAUUCUCCACGGAACGUUCAUUGAAAGUAGGUAUUAAAGGUAUAUAAAUACGCCUUAUGUAAAUAAUUAAAUUAGCUUCUAUGUAAUCAUAGGUAACUAAUAGGCUACGAUGCUUGGGUUUUAUUUAUUUCGUUAUUUAAUGCUAACUAGGUGUACGUUUUGUGUAGUGCGAGUGAUUGUUUUCUCAAUAUCAUAGUAUUAGUGCCGUCGCGAAAUCGAUUUUUGACAAUAUUGUAAAGUGAGUUCUGAUUAAUUUACAGCAGUAAUAUAAUAUUUACAUUCUGCAUCCUCUAAACUAAGUAAUUUAUCCCACCAGGGGUCAUAGACACGUGCGGCGGACGUCACGCAUGUGAUAGCUGAUCACGCUUGUCGCAGGAAAUAUUUGUCUAAGGCCCCAAAUGUCUUGUUAUUCCACAGACGCGUAGAUUAAAUGCGUAUUCGUAUUUAACAUUAAUAUAGUAUUUACCAAUUCAUGAUUAUUGAAAAGCUUAUUUCAGGUGAAGUCACUUUGAUUUUCUCUAUAUUAUUAAAAUUUUUAGUCUGGAUAACUAGUUUUAUAUACACCAAUAGUAAAAUGACGAAUAUGCGUUUAAUACGUAGUCUGUGGUCAAUUGAUCUUGUAAACAUACGAUAUGACGCCAUUGUGUUCAAUUUUAUAACUACCGUGCAUUUAUCCGUUUAUUGUUAAACUCGAUAACAGUAGGGUUAUUCAAUACUUUGGAAUCUUUCACGAAAUUGGAAUGGCGAUAUUAAUUACGUCUACCGCAAAAUACCUUUAUCUAGGUUUUUUAUAAAGCACCGACAAUCUGUGCCUACAAACAGUACGAUGAAGUCAUAUUUUGAAUCGCCAAAGUUAUUUCGAACUCUAAGCCUUUAUUCAACUUCGACAGGGGCUUUCGGAUGGUCCACUCAGUGAUUAGACUGCUCGAGGAUCCUUACUUUAGGUUGGAGGUAACAGGACCAACUUGGUUCCUCCACAAUGGUUUCCUUAAAAUUGUCUUUGUCUGAGUGUCAGAGACAAGUUUGAGAGCGAACUAAGUCUCCCAUCUGUCAUGAAGUCAUACGAGUUUGACAGAUGACAGAGUUAGUCCGCGCUUAGAUGUGUCUCUGAUUUUUUUUCUUAUUACGUCCAGACGUUAAAUCAAUUCCAUAUGUAGAGAAUCACCUUACUGUUCACGUUAUUUAAUAAAUAAUUAUAACUAAGUAUUAAGUGUAGAAUAAACUUCAGGUGUCAGUACCUAUCACGAGUGUAUUCCAUAAAGGAAAUUGUACAUAACAGUAUUUCCAAUAUAGAACUGACAUGAAUAAAGUUGACGUAACUGCAUUUAUCCUAGACACAGGCUAUAAGAAAAUUUGUUAUCUACGAAAUCAUAUUGUACGACACAGCGUACGUUUGUUUAUUUGUCCUAUUUGAAAUAUAUAUAGUGCUAGUCUGCAUAACUAAAAUUAAUUUAGUUGUCUGUUAAAAGUCAAUACAAUCCGAAUCAUAACAAUAGUGCCAUUCACCUGGUUCCUUAUAAUAAUAAUUCGAAAAUCAAUCGUUAUUAAAAUACUACUUAGUAAUCAGCCAUUCUACAGUUUAUUAUUAUAAUAUAAUUUUAUACUACCCAAUACUGUGUUUUAUUUUUAAAAGAGAUA